CUGCGUGCUCUCAGCUGUCCUCUUCAACUUCAAGCUGAGAGGUUCAUAAGGCGCCCGCUGCAGUGCAGAGUUAGGGUUCAGGAGCGCUGCCACGUAAAGGGAGGACGACAUUGGACCCUGAAAUUCAGCAACACUUCUCAGGGACUUUGAAAUCAUUCUCGGUCAUUGGUGAGCGUCCCCCUUGUGCACCCGAUAAAGCGGUGGAGUUCUGUGGGCCGGAAUGGCGUCCUCUCUUUUAUCUAGAUGCAGUGCAAGUCUUUCAACCGCUUGCUUAUCAACAAGCUCAAGCGCACAAGCAACCACUGACAGGCCGUCUGCAGCCCUUCGAAGCUCGUUCACACCGGCUGGAGCGAGCACAGGGCUGGGCAGUGCGAAUGGGGCCUUUGGCGGCGACAGGUUGCGGGUGCAAUGCACAACCGUAGAGAGGCGGCAGAAGACGAGGCUCACGCCUGUUGCUAUGGCGCCCCCAAAGGCUGGCGGAAAGGCCAAGAAGGUUGUGGGGUUGAUUAAGCUCGCUCUAGACGCCGGCAAAGCCACCCCGGCACCCCCUGUCGGCCCCGCCCUCGGUGCCAAGGGUGUGAACAUCAUGAUGUUCUGCAAAGAGUACAAUGCGCGGACGGCCGACAAGGCGGGCUUUGUCAUUCCCGUCGAGAUCACCGUGUUUGAUGACAAGAGCUUUACUUUCAUCUUGAAAACGCCCCCCGCGUCCGUGCUUAUAAAGAAGGCCGCAGGUGUUGAGAAGGGGUCCGGAAAGUCGAGCAAGGAGCGGGUCGGAACGAUCACAAGAGCCCAGGUAGAGGAGAUUGCCAAGACGAAGCUGCCGGACUUGAACUGCAUCAGUCUCGACGCUGCCGUCAACAUUGUGUCGGGGACCGCAAAGAACAUGGGUAUUGUGGUCGAGGCUUGAGCAAGUCGCAGACUUGCUUGCUUCUCGGAAGGGUUUGCUUCAGGUAUAUCAGGUUGGUUUUGAACAUAAGCACACACAAAGACGGUACCUGUGGCAAAGUGGGGUUGAAUCCCGUUCAAUCAGUGUCCAACAAUAUGUUGUUGGGAAAUUUCUUGGACAAUGUUCACGCACUGCUGCUGGUGUUGUAUUUAGCAGGCUGUGGCUGAUCCUGCUUUGUCAGACGUCUGUGAGUCAACCGCCGCUCACCACUGAAACGGUGGGACACAGCCGCUACCUGGUUUUGUACUGGGC